AAAUGGGGUGGCCCACAAACAUUUUGAAAGUAGUUUGGGGAUUGUGUUUACCCAUAUUCGUUCCCCCCACUCCCAGCAGGACCAGGAGGAACACGUCAAGCCAUGGGACGGGGUAAGGAUGGCUAAAGUAAUAGUGCCCCCCCAGUGACAGAACCAGUAGGGGAAGCAGGGGUAUUAAUAGAGGUAGAGGAGAGUAGAAUAUGGUUCAUAGACAUGUGGGAAAGACAUUUAGAUCCCCUUAAGGCAUAUACAAAUUGUGGGGGUUGUGGCCAAUUGGAACCAUUGCCACUAGGGAUAGACUCUACCAACGGGGUAGUGUUAGGCGGAACCACCUUCAUAUAUGUGCUCAUUGUUACCAAGGGGGUGUAGCAUACCGCAUUAGGCGUAGCCAUGACCCCAUUGGUACUUAUGCGGGCCCAGUGACCUCGUGGGGAGCCACGGGGCCAGUAACAGAGGAAGGGGACAGAUGGAUCAGGAAGUUGAGUCCCAACGGACCCAACCUGAAUCUCUGGAAAAGCGAAUCAUGGCCCAGAAAGGCAUGGAGAAAGCCGGGAUACCGAACCUUGACCCUUAACCACCGGAGGGUGGCUGGGGACAUAGGAAAUGGUACGCUGACCGGGCAGUGGGACGAGGCUCUGAUAGUCAAAGACCUGGAAGCCCAUUGGUCUCAGGAAGACCUCACCAUGCUAAAAUAAUAAAACAGAGCCCUUGGUUCAUGUACGGGAGUGCUAGACCACUACGGAGUUGCCAAAUCUUCCCACCAAAAUGGGAAAGACUCAGCUGUGGCCAGUGGAACCUAAGCAAUUAUGUGGCCGCAAUUAUGUAGCGCAGACGAUGAAAUAGCCAUUAGAAAGGCUAGGAGAGAGCCAAUGUCCAAAGUGAUUGGGUGUACUGAGACAGGGGGAAGUGAAACUCUGACUGACUUCAGUAGGAAGCACAGAAGAGGAACCCAAAGAGGCCUUAGGAGGCAAAAUGGGUACAGGUUUAGGGAGCCAGGGAAUCAUAGACAUUCUUACUGGCACACUUGUAUUACCUCAGUGCCCCCCAGACCUGAGCAAAGAGGGCCUGAAAGGAAUGGUCCAGACACAAAGUUAGAGCUAAGAUAUAGGGGAGAACCUCUCAGGCUUAGGCCAUAGACUGGCCGACUUGACCCUGGCCGCAGAAAGAGCUGUAGGAGCUCUGACCCAGAAAGACCCCCAGGGGAACGAUGGACCUCAAAGUCGCAGGGACAAAAAGAGAACCAGGAAGGGGCAAGGUAGACAAUAGGAGAAUAACCUUUCUUUCUCCAGGGCCCCAUGGAAGACACCCAGUCCGGGGAAGAAGAUUGGGAAGAAGAAGAAGUUAAUAGGCCAAUAGGGCACAGAGUAAUAACCAGAUGGCAAGAAUUAGAACGUAAGGGUAUGACUGAGUCCCAGACACUAGGGAUUAUCCUGUAGGGUGGAUAGCACCAGUAGUAAUAAUUCCUCACCCUGCCGCUCUUAAAACAUGUGGCUCAUGUGAUAGAAGUACUGAAGGGGUACUCAGCGGGAGAUCAGUGUUAAGAGGACGGAUGUUAGACAACGUAUGUAUGUUAUGUCUAGCCCGCAGAGAUAAGUGGCCAACCCUAAAACCCAUAGUAAACAAGGGAGACAGAUGGGGACACGUAGAAGAGCCAGAAGAGUUAAAUUUAACAAUGGUUUACAAGGGACAAGAAGUAGACUGGGAUAAGAGAACUGGCACUGUUGAAUUACAUGGGAUGGCUUACGAGACCUAUUCAACAGGUUGGAGAAGAAGGACAACAGAGACGGGUUCAAAGAUGCACAGGCUGUGAAUCAGGAACCAGAGGAAAGUACACAUGCCAGUGGGGCAAUAAGGAUGGUGUUAGAGUGGCGCUUUGCAAGAGAUGCUUAUGUUUUAAGAGUUGUGAUAGAAAAAGGCAGGAGUGGUAUAGCGAGGACAAACAUGAGGUUUGGCCUAUGGAGAGAGAAUAUGCUGAUAUAUUUGAAAAUGGUAGAAUAGCUUCUAGAUGUAGACAUACAGAUGGUGUAUAUUUGAGAAUGAUGGUCAGAGCUGAUGAUAAGGGCACCAUGCAGGGACAGCGUAAAUGGGCAACAGUAUGGGGAAUAACGGCUAGGUCAGACGGACUAGUGCUAGGGAUAACCAGAGUUGGAAAUCAGAGUCCGGUUAAAGGCACUAAGAGAAAAGAGACAGGGGUAGAUCCUGGAGAGGGUGUAGUAAAACGCCAAAUGGAUCUACCUCCUGGUCCUCUUCCCCUGUCUUACCCACCAAGGGUAGAGACAGAGAUGACCUCGCCUACUGAAAUACCGGAUUGGGCAAAGCCACCAGAAGACGACUCAAGCCAACCAACUACUGAACCUGACUGGUGUCAGGAAGAAUCACCCUCUGCCUCAAGUGACACCUCUGAAUGGGAAAAGUGUUUCCUCAUUGUUGCUAGAGUAAUGGGCACUGUCAUGACCAGAGGCCCAUAUAUGCACUGUAAGAAAAGUGUUUCCUCAUUUUUGCUAGAGUAAUGGGCACUGUCAUGACCAGAGGCCCAUAUAUGCACUGUAAGAAAAGUGUUUCCUCAUUGUUGCUAGAGUAAUGGGCUCUGUCAUAACCAGAGGCCCAUAUAUGCACUGUAAGAAAAGUGUUUCCUCAUUGUUGCAAGAGCAAUGGGCUCUGUCAUAACCAGAGGCCCAUAUAUGCACUGUAAGAAAAGUAUUUCCUGUUGUAUAAGAUAUGUCAUCACCCUCUCUGCUCUGAGGGAAUGGGAGGAGCAGCAGAUCGGGUGCAGAGAAUCAAAAGGUAUAUAAAGAGACAUUUGCCAUUACUUUGGCGCUGACUUCUUGAAUUCUGAAUUCAUUUAGACAACCAUUUGACUUCGGGUAAUUUGCCACCUGACUCAAAUCACUUGUAGAUUCUAAUUUGCUGGAACUUGGGCUCUUGCCGUUUAGCUACUGGACAGUAGUUUUGUCGUCAGAGUGCCUUUCGCCUGGCAGAAUCAGGAUGCAAAAUAUCUUAAUUGAUUGAGCUCCUCAUCCCGGCUGGGUAUUUCUCGCCACAGACACUGCGGUAGCUCAGCGGAGAACCUCUGAUCUCUCCAGUCUAACUUGGAUCUCUAAAUUUAGUUAAACUACUAAAAUUAUCCAUAGAUUCUAAUUUGCUGGAACUUGGGCUCUUGCCGUUUAGCUAUUGGACAGUAGUUUUGUCGUCAGAGUGCCUUUCGCCUGGCAGAAUCAGGAUGCAAAAUAUCUUAAUUGAUUGAGCUCCUCAUCCCGGCUAGGUAUUUCUCGCCACAGACACUGCGGUAGCUCAGCGGAGAACCUCUGAUCUCUCCAGUCUAACUUGAAUCUCUAAAUUUAGUAAACCACCGACUUCAAGACAACCUCUCAGCCAGUAGAGGGGAGUCGCUACCAACUAAAUUCAAAAAGAACUCUGACCGAUUGAAACUCUGCUCCUGAUCUCGUGGGUCUCCUCGUCAUCUCUCAAAGAUACAAUGUCAAACAAAGAAGUUAAAUCAGCUCUAAAAAAUGCCAGAGAUGCCAUAAAGAACAAGGAAUUUAAAGAGGCUCUAAAACACUGCAAGGCUGCCCUGAAACUAGAGAAGAACAAUUACAAUGCCUGGGUGUUCAUUGGUGUGGCCGCGAGCGAGCUGGAGCAACCAGACCAGGCCCAGACAGCCUACAGGAAGGCUCUGGAGCUGGAGCCAGAGCAGCUGCUGGCCUGGCAGGGAUUAGCAAACCUGUAUGAGAAAAGUGACCAGACGGAUUUCAAAGCGGAACUACCCAAAGUCUACCAGAAACUCAUUGAGCUUUAUGAAAGUUCAGACAAAACAAAAUGUUAUGAGGCGAUCAGAAAACUGGCAGACAUCUUCCAUAUGGAGAAGGACUAUUUUCAGGUGGCCAGGGUGUGGCGAAGGCUGAUUCAGCUGAAGGAAGGAGAAGGUGCUAACAAGGCAGAGCUGCUGCAGCUAUGGCAACAGAUGACCUGCCUUCUCUCAGACAGCAUGGAGGAUCACGACAAUGAGACUCAGCAGCACUUAAUUGCAGCCUUUGAGAAGGCCAUGGUUCUCUCUGACAAUGUGCCUGGCGAGGACCAUCGGAAGCUCUCAGCUGACUACCUCAAAUGCCUUUCACAACUUUCGCAUGAGGAGUGUAAAAUUAAAGAGGCCUGUGAGUCCAUAUUGGCCCUCUAUCCCUCACAAACAUUCCCUUUGGAGAUCCUCGGUGCACAUCAUCUCAAGUCAGGGGUCUGCAGUGAGGACGCAGGCCGUUGUUUCUCCCGUCUCUUGGAAUUGGACCCAGACAGUGGCUUAGGCCAUCUGGGUUUGGGCAUCAGAGCUCUGGAGGAGGGAAAAUGUGACGACUCCAUUAAGUAUCUGGCCCAAGGACUGAAGCGAAUGCGCUCCAGCUUGGUGGGCUGGUGCAGCCUUGCUCAGGCCCAGCUGAAAAUGCACCGAUAUUCCGACUGCGCAACAUCCUGCUCCCAAGGUCUGAAGCUGGGUGGGACUGGAGAAGAGGCACUGGGACAAAAGCUCCUGAGGCUGAGGCUAGAGGCCCUUGUGAGGACUGGGGAUGAGCACACUGCAGACCAAGCCCUGGAGAGCCUCUCACAGCUUUCAGAUGCUAACAAUGACCCUGUCCUGGUAGCCUUAAAAGGAAGAGCCUAUUUGCAAAAAGGCCAAGUUGACCAAGUGCUCCAGGUGUCCACGGAGCUGCUGAACUCUCACCCUGACCUGGCUGAGGGACUGGCGCUGAGGGGACUGGCACACAUUGCACAGGGACAUCACCAACUAGCAGAACAGAGCCUCCUGCAGGCUGCAGCCCAGAGCCCAGCCUGUGGAGAGUACUACUUCCUGUUGGGGCGGCUGUACUGGGACAUGGGGGAGGAGAGUCGCAGGGACAGGAGCAAGGCCCACACCCAUCUACUGAAGGCUGCCAAACUGGAUCCGUACCUGGGCUCUGUGUUCUGCUACCUGGGCCAUUACUACCGGGAGGUGGCCAGGGACCAGGGUCGAGCCAGGGGCUGCUACAAGAGAGCCUUUGAGCUGGACAGCAACGACGCAGAGUCCGGGGCUGCCUCUGUGGAUCUGAGCAUGAAUGAGGGGGACAUGGACACUGCCCUGGCUGUGCUCCAGUCAGUGAUCCAGAGAGCCACCCCUGGUUCAGCAAAGUGGGCCUGGAUGAGACGAGGCCUUUACCACCUGAAGGUGGGCCAGCACCCCCAGGCCUGUGCAGAUCUGCAGGCUGCUCUGAGGGCUGACCCCCAGGACUGGGUGUGCUGGGAAUGUCUGGGCGAGGCCUACCUGAACCGCCGGAGCUUCACGUCGGCCCUGAAGGCCUUUGCCAAGGCCCAGCUGCUCAACCCCUCCUCCAUAUACAGCCUCUACCAGACUGCUGCCAUCAAACAGACCCUGGGCAAGUUCAAAGAGGCUGCUGCAGAAUACCUGCAGAUCAUAGCCCAGGAGGACUAUGUGCCUGCACUCAAAGGUCUUGGGGAGUGUCUGCUGUCCUUGGCCAGAUGCCUGAUGGAGGACUAUAGAGAUGGAGGAGCCAUAGACCUCAUCCAGCAGGCCAUCCAGUACCUCUUCAGGGCUGUAGAGCUGCGUCCAGACCUGUCCUGUCUGUGGAAGUUACUGGGAGACGCCUGCACCUCAGUCAGCACUGUGGCCCCCAACAGGGCCCGCGUUGUGGUGCCAGGACCCCUGGCCGGGUUACAACCCCCAGACCAGGGCCACCUUCUCAACCAAGGACACACCCUCCGAGUGGGGGAGAGAUGCUAUGGGCGUGCUCUGAAGCUGAUGCCUGAGAGCUCCAGCCUGUGGUAUGACCUGGGUCUCAACUACUACCACCAGGCCUGUCUGCCCCCCUGCCUUCAGGAGAUGGAGCACAACACCCUGCUACUGCUGCUGGAGAAGGCCCUGCAGUGUGUGAAGAAGGCCAUCAUGUUGAACAGUAGUAACCAUAGCUACUGGAACGCCCUGGGAGUGGUCGCCAUGAGCAAAGGACUUGAGAACUAUGCCCUUGCCCAACACAGCUUCAUUAAGUCAGUGCAAGUGGAACCCAAUAAUGUUGUUGCUUGGACAAACCUGGGUGCUUUGUAUCUGAAGAAAGACAGUGUUGAGCUCUCCCAUGAAGCCUUUAAGAUCGCCCAGUCUUUGGAACCACUGUAUGUCAACUGCUGGAUUGGACAGGCCCUUAUUGCAGAGAUGGUGGGCAGUUAUGAUACCAUGGACCUGUUCAGACACACCACAGAGCUCAGGACACACACGGAGGGGGUAAAGGGCUAUGCUUACUGGGUUUGUGCCACUCUGCUGGAUAAGAGUAACAGGGACUCUGAACUCUAUCGCUACAACAUCGUCCAGAUGAACGCGGUGUCUGCCGCUCAGGUGGCUUUGAGCAAGUACACAGAGCGGAUCCAGACAGACCCUGAUGCCUUCGUCAUGCUGGGUUUCCUCAACGAGCACCUGCAGCUAAAGAAGCAGGCAGUGCUGGCUUACCAGAGAGCUGUGGAGUUGCUGCAGGCGACGCCUUCCGUGGAGUUACUGGCCUUCUCCCUGGGAAACUAUGGCCGGGCCCUCUGCAACACAGGCCAAUGGGAGGAGGCGGUGCACGUUUACUCUUCCACACCUCUAGAGGUGCUCCACGACUUGGCUGGCCUGGCGCUGGCCUACUGCAGAGCAGGACUCAUCCCAGAGAGCAUCAGUUCCUAUGAGAAGGCUCUGAUGGUGACCUCUACUGAGAAAGAGAAGGCCUAUAUUCUGACUUCUCUGGCUCUGCUGCAGCACAGACUGGGGAACAUGGACUCUGCUAAAACACUGCUCUUCAAAUGCUCCAUGCUGAAGGAACCUGUGCCAGAGUCUCUGCUGUGCCUGUGUGCUCUGGGGCUUGUCCAUGGGGACAGCACCCUGGCCAGCGCGGCCCUCACUGAGCUGCUGAAGCAGGGCAGGGCCACUGGGGCUGCCGUGGAGCAACGCUGCUUGCUCACCUGCACCCUGCUGGCCCUGCAGGGCAACUACAGCGCUGUGCAGCGAGAGGCCUCCAGGGCUGUCCACAGUAACCCUGGCAACCCUUCCCUGUGGGCCCUGCUUUCCAGACUGGUGCCACAGUAUUACCCCAGGAAGGCCAAGGGAGGUGCAGUGGCAGGCCACGUUGCGUGUCUCUCCAGCAUGACCCAAGGAAAGAGGGCACUGCUGUACAGUGGAGUGAACCAGCUGGCAUGUGGCAGGCACUCUGGAGAAGAUCGCAGCAGGAACGCCCUGAAGACCAUGCAGAGGGCUGUGCUGCUCUGCCCCGAUGACCCGGCGGUGUGGGCGGGGCUAAUGGCUGCUUGUCACACAGAGAACACAGCCUGCUUCCUUUCUGGCUCCACCCCUGGCAGACGAGGCUUGGAGCAGGUGCUCAUGGCCGUGGUGUCAGAGAAAGUACGGAAUGUGGAGGAGGUGGAACAGCCUCUAGCCCAGGCUCUGGAGGGUUGGGUGCUGCAGCAGGCUGUGACAGGACUGACAAGUGGAGGCCAGCUAGAGCAGGCUGAGGCCCUCUGCUCUCAGGUCCUGAGUGUGUCUCCUGAGCACCCCGCUGUAGUCCUGCUGUUGAGGCAGGUGCAGUGUGAACACCUCCUCCUGUCUAGUGCCGGUACUGCCCUGCCAGCUUCUGUCCUGGAGCAGCUCAGCAGUGCCGUCUCAGCCAAUCACACCUCAGUGGCCGCCUGGCAUUGGCUGGCGGAGGUGUAUCGUACCCAGGGUCUGCUGGUACAGGCAGUAAUGGCCUACAGACAAAGCCUGCAGCUGGCCUCCCAGCUUGACCUCUACAGUGGGAAAAUGGCAUGUCUUCUGCGCCUAGCCCUGCUGGCCCUCAGCCCCUGCAUGUCGAAAGUCCCUGGUGAUGAAUGGAAGGAGCUGGUUCUGGAGGCGACCACCGAGGCUCUGAAGCUGGGCCCCUCCCCUGUAGCUCUCCUUGUCCAGGCCCUGCUACACUUCGCCACCAAGAUGACCGCCAGGGAGACGAGGCGUUUGUUGGAGAGGCUGGUGUACUUCUCCUCCCAAGGUUACCCAGAGACUGUGGCGUGUGUGGCUCGCUGGUACCUCCUACGCCACCUGCAUGCCAAAGACGACCUGGAGCUGAUGGACACCCUGGUGGAUGACGCCAAAGCCAGUGGAGACAGCAGACUGCUGGAGUUCCACACACGGCUCACCUCUUGCUGACUGCCCACUACAGACUGACUGACUACCAGGGGACAGCACAGCUCCAUCCACAGCCAGCCACUCACUCUGCAAACAAUGCAUGACCUGAAGUCAACAAUGUAUCUCCUUCAUUGCUUGACUCUUGUGCUUUCUCUGUCUUUCACAAUCGUGUCAAAAGUUUACAGUACUUAUGGUAUUUGUAUGCAAUAGAUUAGUUUAGGCAAUCAGUUCUUACUAUGGGAUAUUGAGAUUUGGGAAUAACACCAACAGGAGGCACUGAGGGUCAAAACACUAGCCUCUGAAAAUGGUAUCUUAACUUUUUGUGCAGCGAGGCAGGAUGUAGAGGAGUGGUCAUAUCAUGCAUAGGUUAUGUUGUCGCCUAUGUAUGAUCGUAUGCAUGAGAUGACCACUCCUCUACAUCCUGCCAUGAUGUCAAAGGGUAUUCUUCAUGUAGGUAGAAGGGAGGCACGGUAGUGGUAAGCAGUGAACACAUUCCUGUCACAAUGUUUUACUUCCAGGGUGUAACAGUUUAAAGUCCUUAGAGGUGCAUUCUGUAGCUUUAAGUUAAUUUCUCCAGUGGCAACUCACAGUACCACAAACACAUUCAGCCAAAAAACAAAUGGGUACAUUUGGAUGCACCCAAACCUACACCUUCAGAUUCAGCACUUUUGACCAGAAAAAAAUAAGUCAAUUCCAAAACAUAUGUAUGGUCUCCCUACAGCUUCUGGUGAAUGCUCACUUGUUAACCCAUAUUUAUCUGAUCACUUACUAAAUGCCUUGACUGACACUUGUGAUAUUGACAGACAAACAAGAUAGUGUUUCAAUUCUGUAGUUGGCUAAUUAAGAAUGUAAGCUUUGUUAUUGCACUAUGCUGUUUAUCGCGUAGGAAAGUGCCUUCAGAGCAUGAGCUAUAUUAACAGAUCUGCUUUUGGGUGUCGCCUUAAGACAGAAAGGAUGUAUCACUUAAUAACAUGUUUAAUUUGCGCUCAAAGCCAACCCACUGGUGCGGAAGGCCACCCUUGAUGUAUAUGCUCUAAGCCUGCCCAUGAGUCAGGACUGAAGAGUAAAGAUGGUUGAAAUCACAUCACACGCCAGUGGGUCUCAAACUCCUUAGAUUCCAGUGUAGUUUGCACUGUGCAUACUGAGGAAAUUGUAUUUAAAAUUAGGCACUUUCUCCAAAACGCAUCAGCAAUAAAUAUAAUUGAAGGAAAUCAA